UUUAAAUCUACUGAUAAGGUAGGUUUCGAAACAUUUAUAACUGAAUGGACGUAAAAAUGAGCAUCUUUAUCUUUUGGAUAUUGUCAGUUAUUUUGUCUAUAUCUAAUGCUUCAAAACCUAUUGAGCAUGGUGAAGAUAAACUCGAUUAUUUGCUGAGUCAUCUAGAGUCAACAGAAGAUGUAGUCCAACAACUUUUGGGUCGUGUGGAGCAAUUGGCAUCUGACAACGAGGCUCAACAACAAGUGAUUUUGAACCAGUUGAAUCGUAUUGAGCACUUAGAGCAAUGUGAGUCCAGUCAACAGCAGCUAAAUAUAAACCUGCAAAGACAACUGGCUGUCCAACGGCAGCGUACGAGCUCGCUGGAAAGAUUCAGUGAACGUAUGAAAAUAAUCAUUAGCUCAUAUGUAAACAAGCAGAGAGGAAAUAAGGAUAGCGGAGUCAAAGUAAAGCAAAUUCAGCCAAAUAGUGGUAUCAACGUGGCAGACGAAAAUGAAAAUAGAACACAAGGCCCUGUAGCAACCUCAAAAGACAUUCACAGUACCCGUGCAAGAAUUCGACGUGUUGAAAACGAACAAAACGUGGCCUUCUUUGCCACAUUAUCUAACCAUUUGAACCACGCAGGAGUUGCCCAGACAUUUGUUUUCGACAGAGUAGUAACCAACGUCGGCAAUGGCUACAACAACUUAAAUGGAAACUUUAUCGCCCCUGUAUCCGGAACAUACGUUUUCUCUGUCACGUUGAUUUCUCGUUACCACAACAAUGGUCACGCUCAAUUCGUUAAGAAUGGAAGCCCUGUAAGUUACAUGUACGUCAGUGGAUCAGAAGCGGGAUAUGACACUUCAAGUCAGACAAUAGUGCUAGAGCUUCAAAAAGGGGAUGACAUCUUCAUCCAAAACAACGAUUCUGAUGUAUCUUACUUUGGUGUCCAUUACAACUCUUUCUCCGGUUUCCUACUUCAGCAAAAAUUUGCAGACCAAGCUGUUCUCGGGCGGAAGUGAGCUUUGGAAAUGAAAUGAUUGUUGAAUCAUACAGUUUAUAUAAUAAACUUAAGUACAAGCA